AUGCGUCUUUCUGGUCUGCAAAAAGAGGUGCUGGCGCUCUACCGCCGGUGCUUACGGGAGAGUCGGAAGAAGCCCGAGAGCACACGCGCGCACUUUGAGCAGUUUGCUAGGUUGGUAGCAUUCACUCUUCGUCACUUUGGCUCAAAUUUUGCACGAGUCCCCAACUACACUUACUUACAUGUCAAUUGCAGGACGGAAUUCACUCGGAAUCUGGCCCUUGAUAAACGAGAUUUCGCCGCAAUUGAAUUCCUCAUUCGCAAAGGGCGCAGGCAACUCGAAAACUAUGCCUCUCCCGGAAUCAAGGACAUUCAUUGA